GCCUGUGAUUCGCUCCGGCUGCGGGGAGUGUCAGAGUAUCGAGUGUCAGCCCCCUUUCGGCGCUGCGCGACGUGCUGCGCGCGAGCUGGAUCCUGGAGCGGCCCGUGGUGCCGGCGGAAUCGACAUCCUCAAGUAUCGAACCAUCGGCGUAAUGGGCAAUCAUGACGGGCCAUGCCCAGCUGCUCUCGAGGCG